AUGCCUCACAACAUCCUUAUCACCGGCGGCUCUGGCUACCUUGGUGGCACACUGCUCGCCCAGUUCCAACCAGCCAGUCUCCCCAACUACGGAACGCUCUUUGCGCUUGUCCGGAAGCCCGAGCAAGCCGAAGCCAUCAAGCAAUAUGGAGCCGAGCCUUUGAUCUUCUCCCCCGAAGACGAACAGGCCACCAAGAAAGCCAUCGUCGAGAACAAGAUCACCAUUGUGUAUUUCUUGAUGGGCGCGUACUAUGCUACCAGCCAGGUAAACUUCAUCAAGGCUCUUGCUGAAAGCAAGAAGGUCACCGGCUUGGAGGUACACUUCCUCUAUACAAGCGGCGCCAAGAUGUUCUCCAGCCUUUCUGGGGCGCCGAUCGAUCGGCCCUUGUUGGACAAUGACCCUGGCUUAUACGAGCAGCACAAAAAUCAGAAGGCGCCCUACGAGGAGGUGCAAAUUGCUACCAACACGAACAUUACGGUCACCGAAGAGGGUUUGAAGCAUGGUGUCAGGACCUAUAUCUUCGUCCCUUGCAUCGUCUACGGCGAGGGAGAAGGCUUCGGCAACAAAAUCUCCAUCCAAACCGUUGACAUCGUCAUCGCCGCCAAACACACGGGCCGCGUCUACAAGCUGGACAAAGAACGUACCACCUGGCCAGUUUGCCACGUCCACGACAACACGACCCUCUACCUCUCCAUCCUCCGCGCCAUCCUCAACAACAAAAACCCCGACCACGGAAAGAAUGGCUUCUACCUCGCCUCCCCCGGCAACGUUGCCUGGGAAGACAUGUAUGCCGCCAUUGCCAAAGCGCUCGCCAAGCGCGGUGUCAUCACGGAUGCGAAGGUGGAGCUCGUGGAUGAGGAUGCGUUGGGCAAGAUGGCGGAGGCGCUAAAGGUGUCGAAGCCGUCUGUCAGGGUUAAGAUCUCGGGACAAUCGACCUUUACUGCCGAGCACGGCCACUCGGUAGGUUGGAAACCCAAGUUUGCGCCGGAGCAUAUCCUUGAGGCUGCUGAUGCUGAGGUGGAUCUUAUCCUGGCUCACUUGGAUGAGCGUCACCGCGGGUUGAGGUAG